AUGAAUCAAAAGAAAGUUUUGCACAAACCUUCAUUAUCGUAUACAAGCCAUCCUGACUAUCGCAAACCUCCAAAAAUUGCCAAUCCUUACCUCCAAUGCCUUGGGGCGCCACACGUCGAUUCUUUCAACUAUAUGCUCCAUGAAGGAUUAAAAGCGGCUUUAACAGAUCUGGUUCCUGCCGAAUUUGAACUACCUGGUGGGGAAAAAGUUAAAAUCACAAUCGAUGAAGCUGCAUUCGCGAAACCAAGUGUUCCAAUGGAUGUAGUCGGAGUUAAAAACCAAAGAGUCCUCCCUACAGAAUGCCGACAGAGAGCAGCUACAUAUAAGGGAGAUUUUAAAAUUAGAAUGACAUUUACUGUGGACAAUAAGUCAAUGACAAUUGAUAGAUCUUUAGGAAACCUUCCUGUCAUGAUAAAGUCUAAAAUCUGCCACUUGGCCGACCUGUCACCUGAAGAACUAGUUCAACACAAUGAACAUGCAGAUGAAUGGGGUGGAUAUUUUAUAAUUAAGGGUCAUGAGCGAUUAGCACGUAUGUUAUUAGUAACUCGACGAAACUACCCAGUGGCUAUCAAGCGUUCUGGAUGGAGGAUGAGAGGCAACUUGUUCUCGGACUACGGCGUACUUGUAAGAUGUGUGACGCCAGAUCAGACCAGCACUAACAAUGUUCUUCACUUUCUACAAAACGGUUCUUGCAAGCUUAUGUUUUCUCACCGUAAGACGAUGUAUUAUGCCCCAGUGCUGCUUAUAAUAAAGUGCCUUGUGGAUUGGACGGAUCACUUUAUAUACAGACUGCUUUUGCAUGGAAAAAAGAAUGAUUUGUAUUAUGUUAAUUGCAUUCAAAACAUGCUUCGCGAGCUCCACGAGGAAGGUCUCCACACUUCGGAAGAGUGCAGGUCUUACCUCGGUAGAAUGUUCCGGCCAAAACUGACAGAGUUGCCUCCGUGGGCCUCUGACACAGAUGCUGCAGACUUCCUUUUAAAGAGAUGUGUCAUGAUACAUCUUAAGGAGUACAAGGAUAAAGUCUAUUCAUUGGUAUACAUGGCCCAGAAGCUGUAUGAUGUGGUGCAGAAUAAAUGUAAAGUAGAAGGAGCCGAUGCGGUCAUGGUACAAGAACUGCAAGUGGGCGGCCAUUUAUACCUUCAAGUGCUGAAAGAGCGGCUACAGACUCUGUUAUACGUUGUCAAGGCAAAUAUCUUGAAACGUGUGAAGACAGCCAAAAACUUUGUCAUGAGUACGAAAGAACUACAAAACAUCCUCCGGAUGGCGGGCAGCUUCGAAAACAAGAUGGAGACCUUCCUGGCGACAGGCAACGCUCCAUCUAACAACGUCAACUUGGCGCAGUACAAAGGGCUAACUAUCGUCGCCGAAAAUAUCAAUAGGAUGCGCUACAUGUCGCAUUUCAAAGCAAUCCACCGUGGUUCGUUCUUCAUGGAGAUGCGUACAACGGAGGCUCGGCAGCUGUUGCCCGAUGCCUGGGGCUUCGUUUGUCCCGUGCACACGCCCGAUGGAGCUCCGUGUGGUCUUCUAAAUCAUCUCACAGUGUCGGCGCAGGUCACGCAACAUCCAGAUCCAAAACUGUUGGCAUCGCUUCCCUUUGUACUGGAAAAAUGCGGCAUGGAACCCAUUAGCUCCGUAACCCACGAGAAACUGUCGCACGACGUAUACAAAUACCCAGUGUUCAUAGACGGCCGCCUGGUCGGUUACUUCGCUGAGGACACGUUGGAGAAGUCCACAGCUUAUCUACGGACCUUGAAAAUAAAGGGACAGGACAUGCCUAUUACCACUGAGAUUGUCGUCAUUCCCAAGAAACAGAUUUGCGCGCAAUACGCCGGCGUGUUUCUCUUCACCAGCGAAGCGAGGAUGAUGCGACCGGUCAUCAACCUCUCGAACAGCCAACUCGAACUCAUCGGCACCAUGGAGCAGCUGUAUCUAGACAUUGCGGUCACGCAGACUGAGAUUUACAAAGGAAGAACGACACAUUUAGAGCUGUCAAAGUCCGCGUUCAUGAGCAACCUGGCUCAGUUGGUCCCCAUGCCGGAUUGCAAUCAGUCGCCGCGAAACAUGUACCAAUGCCAGAUGGGUAAACAGACCAUGGGCACGCCGAUCCACACGUGGUCCACGAACGGGGAGACCAAGUUAUACCGGCUGCAGACGCCCGCAACGCCAUUGUUCCGACCCACGCACUAUGACAACGUCGGCUUGGACGACUAUCCCUGCGGAACCAACGCUAUAGUGGCAGUUAUCUCUUAUACCGGCUACGACAUGGAAGACGCGAUGAUAAUCAACAAGUCAUCAUACGAGCGUGGUCUGGCUGCCGGCUCGGUGUACAAGGCGGACUUCAUCGAGCUCAAACACGCCUCCUCGUAUUUCUGGCGCGACCCCAACAAACCAGAACUCGCUACGCACAUCGACGAGGACGGCCUUCCAGCAGUGGGGGCCCGGGUUCAGCCUGAGGAUCCUUUCUAUUGUUUCUACGACAGCGAGAAGAGUCAGUUCGUGGUGUCGAAAUUCCACGGCAAGGAGGAAGUGUUCGUGGACAGCGUGCGGCUGUGUGGCGACUUCUCGCCUCGCGCCCCGCGCAGAGCCUGCGUCGUGCUCAGGAUACAGCGCAACCCAACAGUGGGCGACAAAUUCGCGUCACGCGCUGGACAAAAGGGCAUCUGCUCCCAGAAGUGGGCCGCCGAGGACCUUCCCUUCACGGAGACCGGCCUUAUCCCCGACAUCCUGUUCAACCCGCACGGAUUCCCAUCGCGAAUGACCAUCGCCAUGAUGAUCGAGUGCAUGGCGGGGAAAGCGGCCAGCCUGCAUGGACACGUGCACGACGCGAGCCCGUUCCGUUUCACGGAGGACGACACGGCCAUCAACUACUUCGGGCGGCUGCUGGAGGCGGCCGGCUACAACUACUACGGCACCGAGCGCCUCUACAGCGGCGUGGACGGACGGGAAAUGGACGCCGACAUCUUCUUCGGCGUCAUACACUACCAGCGGCUGCGGCACAUGGUCUCCGACAAGUGGCAGGUGCGUACGACGGGAGCCGUGGACGCGAUGACGCGGCAGCCGGUGAAGGGGCGGCGGCGAGGCGGCGGCGUGCGGCUGGGCGAGAUGGAGCGCGACGCGCUCAUCUCGCACGGCGCCGCCUUCCUGCUGCAGGACCGCCUGUUCCACUGCUCUGACAAGACCGAGGCAAUAAUCUGCACAAAAUGCGGCACUCUCCUUGGUCCGAUAGCGAGCAAACUCGACGAGAACAAAGAGAGCUGUCGUCUGUGCGGCCAAGGGAAUCUCGUCUCUAUCUCCAUACCGUACAUCUUCAAGUUCUUUGUCACACAGCUCGCCGCAGUCAAUAUCAAUGUUAAAAUCAAUUCCAGCGGUCGUUUCGCUAUUAAAAGUUGUUAA